GGUCUCCCAGCGGUCCCCUAGCGGUCCCUAAACGAUCGCAGCGCAAGGGAGUUUAGUUGGGCGGCGCUUGGCUUGGCAAGGGCACCUCGGGCGAUCCCUGUAUGGCCAUAAUUGGCGCCCUCAGCCGUACAUGGAGAGUAGUCAGCGAGCGCUGCCGGGUUAUAGGCACGGGACUGGUGAUGUAAGACCGCCGGAACUCGGGAAGACAAGCACUUCUCUCGUGAGAGGAGAGUCACACCCUACAAGAGGGCAAACCAGACAGACUGAGUAAGACAUCAGUGUUGGAGUAUGUGUGAAAGAGACUGAAGAAACACAGCCUGCGCUACUAUGGAACUGUUCUCACUCAUUCAAGCUACUCUUCUGGUCCUGGCGUUCGCUAAAGGCUGUGCAGCAGUAGAAGAUGAGGGCCAUGAAGUCAGGUUGAUGCAGGAUCUGUUUGCUGACUACAACUCCUUUCCCCGACCCGUCUCCAACACGACUCACAUUGUCAGCGUCAAGUUCGGGCUGUCGCUCUCCCAGAUAGUCGGACUGAACAUGAAGGACCAGGUGAUGACGACAAGUGUGUGGCUGAAGCAGGUCUGGGAAGACUACAAGCUGAAGUGGGAUCCCGCAGAGUAUGAUGGGAUCACGCGGAUCAAGGUGCCCGUGGACAUGAUCUGGAUCCCAGAUGUGCUGCUCUACAACAAUGCUGAUGGAAAGUUUGAGGUUUCUUCCUUCACCAAAGCGACGUUGUUCUACAAUGGAACGGUAGUGUGGACGCCAGCGGGAAUCUACAAGUCCUACUGUUACAUCGACGUGACGUAUUUCCCGUUCGACCGGCAAAACUGUUCCAUGAAGUUCGGCACCUGGACAUACGACGCCACUGUGGUCGACAUGGUCCCCAUAGAGCCCGUGGUGGACCUGUCUAACUUCCUAGAGAACGGGGAGUUCGUCAUCACCAGCGCGCCUCUCUACAGACACGUGCUGUCCUACGAGUGUUGUCCUCCGUACGUGGACAUCACCGCGUACAUCGUUCUGGAGAGACUUCCUCUUUACUUCACUGUGAACUUGCUCAUUCCCUGCCUCCUGUUCACGUUCCUGUCACUACUGGUGUUCUAUCUACCGUCUAAAGCGUGCGAGAAGAUCACGCUGUGUAUCUCGAUUCUGCUAUCGUUAGCUGUGUUCCUAUUGGUGGUGGUGAAGAUCAUCCCGUCCACGUCAUUGGCUGUGCCGUUGCUAGGGAAGUACCUGCUCUUGACGACGGUGUGCGUGAUUUUGUCUGUGGUGGUUACGACUGUGGUGCUGCAUCUGAGCGACAGGACAGACCCCAUGCCAGGGUGGGCCAGGAAGGUUUUACUACAACUCCUGCCUCGGAUGCUCUGCAUGACCAGACCAGGCAGCAGCAAAGUUAGUGAGAUGCUGCUGAACAGUCAGGCAGAUGUGCUGGACGAAUUUCCCGAGGGAGAGACUGUGUACGCCAGCAUCAGGCCCAGGGGAAGCCCCAGGUUGACGCGUAACCUGCAGCUGCACAGGCAGGAACAACACUACACCCCUCCUGAACUUCGGGCCACCGUGGAAAACAUCAACUCUAUCGCCAAGAGCCUCCGGGGUGACAUGCUGCACUCAUCGUUAUCCGAUGAUUGGCAGUAUGCAGCCCUGGUGCUGGACCGAUUCUUCAUGUGGUUCUUCUUCCUGGUCUCCCUGAUCGGCUCCCUUCUCAUCUUCCUGCCGCCCUUUGUGUUUGACAGGUCGGUCGUCAUAUCCUACUGAAUUGUCGUAUAUCCGACUUAUCUGACAACGAGCUGUCAUAAAAUCUGAUUGCUCACCACCAAACGGCUUGCACAGUGCUGCAUUACUAAUGGACCAACCAACAUGCCUGUACGAACUUGUCUGCAGCUCAUAUCAUACUGAACUGUCAGAAAAUCUGACACUGAGACUCUGACAUCGAGCUGUCGUAAUAUCUUGCCUUCCCCAUUGCUCACCACCAACAAACGGCAAGGACUUGCACACUAACGGAACCACAUGCUACAAACUUAUUGUCUGGAACUGCUCACCAUCACCAAAUGGCUUGGACCUGCGCAGUACUGCAUUACUAAUGGACCAACCAACAUGCCUGUGCGAACUCAUUGAAGCUUUCUUCACUCACGCUGAGAUGCACAACUUCUUCACAGCAUUGCCUUCACUGCUCAUUGGUUAAGACAACUAACCAAUAGGGGUUGAUGUUACAAAAACUCAGUGAAGACUGACCAAUCACAGAUAGGAAGACAUGGCAACUUUCGAGUAAAAAGGAGAGAGGACGUCACUGAUGGGACAAUGUCGACAGGUGACGAACCAAUAGUAGAAGACGUUACAAACCACAUGUAAGGAUAGACCAAUGACGUCCAGGAAGACAUGUUGACAAUGAUACAAUGAAAGAAUGACGCUAUGACACAAUGUCACCUUCAGACAUGGACUGUCUCUUAUUGAACUUAAAGUAACAAAAAGACAAAGAAGACUUCAAUAGUCAUCUGGCAUGCACAACUUUUAGAUUAUGUGAUCAUAUAUUUAAAAAGUGCACCUCAUUUCGUAUUGAAUGACACAAAAUAACUGCUAUAUAUCUAAUACGUUAACAUCAGUUGACAAUGUGCCAAGAAUUUGCUGUGCCAAAUGUACAUGUACAUAUAUAUUCAUCGCCAUUGAGUUCUGUGAUAUAUAGAAGCUCCAUGAAAUGUCGAAGGUAAGUUUUAUCAUUAGAGGCCAACCCGCCCGCUUGAUGGAGUUUAUAAUGGCAGGGUAGGACUAGCCUCUACCAGGCUUCAGGAGGCGGUCAGGUGCAGCAAACAGUUCUCUCAAGCGGACCAACUCC